CAUUUGCUCCAUCAGAGACGGGGAUUGGCUGAGGGGACGCAGGUCGGGGUGUUAUAAGUGCAGUCCGGGAGUGGCACCGGCGUUACUGCCGACAUGAAGGUCCUCCUGCUCUUGGGAUUGGUGGCUGUUGCCCUGGGUGACAUCACUCGCUUUGAAGGAGAGAAGGUCUUCCGUCUGAAGCCUGUGCUUGACGAGCAUGUGACCGUCAUUAAGGACCUGGCCAAGAGCAUCGAGGUCGACUUCUGGAGGCCCGAGAGCCCUGAGCUGCUGACCAUUGACAUCGAUGUGGACAUCCGCGUGUCCGCCAUCUACCUCGACAUGCUGUACACCAUCCUGCAGCAGAGUGACAUGGAGCACGAAGUCCUUAUUGAGGAUCUGCAGACUGCUGUCGAAGCCCAGGCUGACAGUGGGCCCACUCCCAGAACCCACAGCUACACCAAGUACAACAGCUGGGACAAAAUCCAGUCCUGGAUCGCUUCCGUUUCCUCCUCCAAUCCCAAUCUCAUCAGUAGGCAGGUGAUCGGAAACACCUACGAGGGACGCCCCAUGAACGUUCUCAAGCUCGGUAAGAAGUCCAGCUCCACAAAGCCCGCCAUCUUCUUGGACUGCGGCAUCCACGCCAGAGAGUGGAUCUCCACUGCUUUCUGCCAGUGGUUUGUGAAGGAGGCUCUGUCCACCUAUGGCAGCGAUUCUCAGAUGACCAGCCUGCUCGACCAGAUGGAUGUUUUUGUUCUGCCAGUCUUUAAUAUUGAUGGCUACGACUACACCCACAAGAGCAACAGGAUGUGGAGGAAAACUCGUUCCAGGAGGUCUGGAUCCAGCUGCAUUGGAGCCGAUCCCAACAGGAACUUCGACGCUGGCUGGUGCUCCCUGGGAGCCUCCAGCAACCCCUGCAGCGACACCUUCUGUGGGUACACCCCUGAGUCUGAGAUCGAGGUCAAGAAUGUCGCAGAAUUCAUCCGCAGGAACAAGUCCAUCAUGAAGGCCUACAUCACCAUCCACUCCUACUCCCAGCUGCUGCUCUUCCCCUACUCCUACACCUACGAGCUGGCCGCAGAUCACAGUGAGCUGCUGAAGGUUGCUGAGGGAGCAUCUGCUGCCCUGCGUAGUCUGUACGGUACCCGCUACACCAGCGGACCUGGUGCUGCAACCAUCUACCCUGCUGCUGGCGGCUCAGACGACUGGGCUUAUGACCUGGGAGUGAAAUAUUCUUACACCUUCGAGUUGCGUGACACCGGUCGUUAUGGCUUCCUGCUGCCCGAGUCUCAGAUCAAGCCCACAUGUGAGGAGACCAUGCUGGCCGUCAAGUACAUCGCCGCCUACGUGCAGAAGAACCUCUAUUAAGGAGUCGAACUGCCAGGACCCCUGCCAACUCCGCUCCUCUGUACCAGCCCCCAGCCCCAUCCAACCUCUCAGCCAUCUCCAGGCCGUAGCCAUGGAUACGGGCACCACCCGCCAUGUUUCCUCGCUGUGCUUGACAGAAUGUCAAGAUGAGUGCAAACAAUAAAAUCAAUGAUCCAUCCCCA